AUGGCGCCACAUAACAUACGGUGGGGUAUCAUGGCCACGGGUGGAAUCGCAGAGACUUUCACACGAGACCUUUUGAUUGACUCCAAAGCCCGGGGUGCUUGCGAUGUCACCCACACUGUCGUGGCCGCUGCCUCGUCGUCGUCCAAGAGCCGCGCUGAAAAGUUCCUCGCUGAUCUCGGUGUCCCGGCUCCCUGCGCUGCAUAUGGAUCAUACGAAGAGCUCGUGGCCGAUGCCAAUGUUGAUGUGGUGUACGUCGCGACCCCACACUCUCACCACUUCCAAAACGCGAUGCUGGCACUUGAGGCUGGGAAGAAUGUUCUCUGUGAAAAGGCAUUCACUGUCAAUGCGCCACAAGCGAAGAUCCUGUGUGAGACAGCCAAGAAGAAGAACUUGUUCCUGAUGGAGGCUGUCUGGACCCGGUAUUUCCCACUCAGUGUACAGGUCAGAGAGUUGAUCCAGAAGGGUGCGAUUGGGGAAGUGUUGCGGGUUACAGCCGACAACAGCUUUGGAGAUGACGUCGAAGAAAAAUGGGGGACACAACAUCGGAUGGUGAACAAGGAUCUUGCUGGAGGUUGCUUGUUAGAUCUGGGCAUCUACUCUCUGACCUGGGUAUUCCAGAUCUUGUAUCACACUCUUCCUCGAGCCCAGCGUAAACCUCCCACGGCAAUCUCUGCGCACCUAUCUCUCUACCACCUCACAGGUGCAGAUGAGGCCACUACAAUCCUCUUAAGUUUUCCGACUAGCACACCCUCCAACAGCCCCCAUCCGGGUCAGUCCCAGGCCGUGGCCAUGACAAAUCUCCGAAUUGCGACAGACCCAGAUGAAGAAAGGUCAUCUGGGCCCUCAAUCCGCAUUCAAGGCACAAAGGGUGAAAUCCAGGUGAUAGGCCCUGCCUUCCGGCCAGAGAAAUACAGAGUCAUCCCCAAGAAGGGCGAAGGUGAUGUCGAAGAGGUGGAGUGCCCAUUCCCUGGAAAUGGGCACGGCAUGUACUGGGAGGCGGACGAGGUUGCUCGUUGUAUACGGGAUGGAAAACUCGAGAGCGAGACUUUGCCCUGGGAGGAGAGCAUUGUCAUUAUGGAGACCAUGGAUGAAGUCAGGCGACAAGGAAACCUGACAUACCCCGAGAAGAUCGAGUCCACGGUUUAUCCCCUACAGCUGUGA